AUUGGGUACAGUUUUUGUCUGGAAAAAACGGAAAUUCCCGGUUUUCUGAGUGAUCCGCAGACAUUCUACUGUGGGAAUAUCGAUGGCCAAAUUAUUCAAGUUACUCCAUAACAGCACGAUUGAUCUAAUGUGACAACGAAUCGAUGAUAUGUGAAUGGAAUCCGCCGGAAGAUAAGUGCAUUAGUGUAGUCGCGUGAAAUUCAUGUCAGCUUGCGUGUGUAACUGCAUGCGACAUUCAUUAUAUCGAAAUUGAAGCAGGCAAGUCGGAGCACAAGAGCACUGUCACAUUCAGUCUUGAACGAAAGCUCCAGCCGUUCAGAACCAUUCGGCAGCGGUUUUCUCAAAUGUCAACCUGAAGGAAGUAAAUCAUAUGUGCUCACUUAAUGCCGGAGCGUAUCAGGACAGUUUGGCUCUUGCAACCGAAUAUUCAGUUAUUCUUGGUACAAUUAAUGAAAUUCAAAAGUUACACAUUCGAACGGUACAAAUGGGACCAGGAAGCUUCUCAAUAGUUUGGUGUUAUAACGGUGCGAAUGGAUCUUCAGGACUCGAGUGGUCUGACUCCUUCGAGACAGAGCGCGUCAACUCAGACGACAAAUGUAACUUACUCGAGCAACAUGGCACUGCUUAAGCCAGGAGCCAGUAGUGCCGAGUUUGGUCAAGAAGUUGAAAUUUACAAUCUACUUAUCAUCGAUCAGAAUACGUUCGAGUUGCUACAUGCACAUCAAUUCAUGCAAACGGAGUAUACUAUGUCACUGAUUUCGGCGAAGUUGGGUAACGACUCGAAUACUUAUUGCAUCGUCGGCACAGCACUGGUACAUCAAGCGGAACCGGAACCCAAAGUAGGAAGGAUUAUCAUCUAUCACUACGCGGAUGGAGCCCUCACUCAAGUUAGCGAGAAGGGAAUCAAGGGCGCGUGCUAUUCUCUCAUUGAGUUUAACGGCCGUGUAUUGGCCAGCAUCAAUUCAACUGUACGAUUGUAUGAGUGGACUGAUGAUAAGGAUUUGCAACUUGAAUGUAACCAUUUCAAUAACGUGUUGGCAUUAUAUUGUAAAACCAAGGGAGACCUCAUUUUGGUGGGUGAUUUGAUGCGAUCUGUUACGCUGGAGGUAAUUUUGAGGAGAUCGCUCGCGACUAUUAACCAAAUUGGAUGACAGCAGAGUGGAUAACAGAACAAUCUAUUUGUUUGCCUAAAAGAUGGAUAAGUAGGGUUUCCGUAGCUCUGUUUAUCAUACGAAUUUUUGUAAUUUAGGGCCGCAACAACGGACGACGAACGACAGCAAAUGCCAGAGGUUGCUCAAUUCCAUCUCGUUAAUAUGAUGAAUAUAUUCCGCCACGGUUCGCUCGUGAUGGAAAACAUUGGCGUACGACGCCGACAACGGGCUGUUUGUUAUUUUGGUCAGCUAUCGGUCUGGUCACACAAAUAUCACCUGAUUAUGAAUUAUGAAUUUCUUCGAAAGUUACAAGAAAGUUUGACUGACACUAUCAAAUCUGUUGGCAAGAUUGAUUAUUCGUAUUGGCAUAGUUAUCAUACCGAAAUGAAAACGGAACGUUGCGGGGAAUUUAUUGAUGGAGACCUUAUAGAAGGUUUUUUAGAUUUAAGUCGGGAAAAAUGUACGAUGUAUUGGGAUUGCAGAUCGACGUGGAUAGAACUAAGAAGGAGUGGCCGAAGAUGAUAUAAUCAAUAUUGUAGAAGACCUAACAAGAAUACAUAAGGAUGUCCAGUGUUGAUCAAUAGUAUUCAAUCGAUGCUAUCAGUUGUUUUCUGACACAAAUGCUGGGAAACCGAGAUAUUACAAUUUUUUCUAAAAAAGUUUAUUAAUAAUUCAACUCUUUAAGAGAGAGCUGGACGGACAAUAGAACCAGAUCGAGCUAAGCUCGUGAAUUUCAGCGUUCCUCGCGAAGAAUUAUUUCAUGUUUGUUGGAUAAUAAAGAGACACCAGUGAAUGUACAAAGUUCGUACAACAUCUCGUUAUAUUGAUUCGAAUAG